GACGUUGAGCAUAAGAGUUUCAUGUAUGCAGGAGCAUUAGUAACAGGAGGGGUCCUUUCACGGGUUCAAAACGUUGGAAAAUCUGCUGACAACGUCAAAAAACACUUGUGCAAAAGAACGGAAUAGGCGACGAGCCUCGAUCUACAGUAGUCGAGGGCGGAAUGCCUUGAAUCAAAAAAAACAAGAAUACGGAUCAGAGAAGUUUCAGUUUUUGACUAACACUUGAAGCGUCUGUUGUGGGUGGACCAGAAAGAGGAAACUAUUCUUCAAUCUUCAAACCGCAGAUCAUCAUGUACAGGCGUAUCACAUCGAGAUCGCUUUUCUUCUGGCAAGAAAUUCGAGAAAUAAGACCGAGUGCGUUGGGGAGUGGAAUGCCACAAAUUUUGUUCAACUCUUCCCAAAGCGGAAACGUUCCAGCCAAUAUCAAGGAACACAGCGACGCCCAGAAGGUCCAACCCACCGAUGGCAGCCGCGAAAGGUCAGGCCAACAAACCUCCCAACAUUUCUCGUCCGGAUUCAUGAACGAUCAGCAAUCGCGAUUCUCGUCGGACCAAGGGAUCAAGUCUGAUAUGAAUGUGGAUGAGCCGGCCAAUUUAACUUGUCAAGACAUGGGUGGGAAUGCGCAAUUGGAUUCGGUUCUGCAGACCAAUGUUCCCGAGCCCUAUUCGCCCGAAGAUGAGGGUAAUCUGAAGGAGGGCAUACCGGGUGGACUAUCAGAUUGCCCCAGUACUCGAGACAAACGCUGGACUAUGGAGGAUCGGAUUGACAACUCUCAUACCAUGGGAAAAUAAAAGAUUUGCAACUUGCGGGGGCAAUAAUAAAAUGUUUUGGCUUGCUUUAAUAUCGACGAGAAAACAUCCUAAUUUUACAAAUCCUAACUUAACGAGAAAAAUACAAGGGAUCUUAUCUGGUUGCAGUUGCUGCUGUUGAAGAAUAUGCUUUAAAUUGAUGUUUGAUUUUAGGAAAGGGGAGGGGCGGGAUCUCCCUUUUUUAUCCAAAUAUCAGAGAAUAGUGAAGCAUAUUUACAAUAUAGAAAUGUUCAACAUAGAUAUGAAUUCAAAAACAAAUCUUGGCUGGCCAAGGCAAUAGGGUGUUG